AUGAACAGACGAAACUCCUCCAGGGAGAACUCCAAACACCCCGAGCAGCAGCAAAGCCUCUUCGACCCGCUGCCCCAUCUCCCCUCCAGGCUCCGCCAGGCCACCCUCAAGCUCGUCCCGCCCCCCAACUUCGGAUUCAUCGAGGGCUCGCUCUUCAGGGCCGGCGAGCCCGCCGAGCUGAGCCUCAACUUCAUCCAGCGCCUCGGCCUCCACUCCCUCCUCUGGCUCGCCCCACACCCCCCCAGCCUCCAGUUCCAGGAGUUCCUGCUGCUCCACUCGAUCAACUUCCACGACCUCGGCAUCCAACACGCCGCCUCGCUCGAUGCAGUCACCGAAGAGGCCGUCACCCACGCCCUCCAGCUCAUCCUCAACCCCUCCAUCUACCCGCUCAUGAUCAUGUGUGGAGGCGGAUCCCAUCGCACCGGCACCGUUGUCGGCUGUCUGCGCAAACUCCAGGGCUGGAACCUGGCCUCGAUCUUCGAAGAGUAUCGCAGAUAUGCAGGCGCCCAACACCACAUCAUGAACGAACAAUUCAUCGAGUUCUACAACCAGAUCUACAAAAUCGCUACCCCCUCGGGCCUACACCUCCAAAACUAA